CCUAAAGGAUAGUGUCGAGGAAGGGGCGUUUAGACAUUGCCGGUGGAGGAGAGACCAGGACGCUGGUGGUCACCUGGUGGGGGCGGGAGCACGCUGCACCUUUCCCGGAGGUAGCGGUGCUUACACGAAGCUCAGCUCUAAGGUGACCCUCUCCGGCUAUCGGGACAUGGAGGAUUCGGAGGAAGAUGUCAAGUUUAUCAUGGAUGAGACCUUGGACUGUGGAGGGCUGUCCCCAUCUGACAGUCGUGAGGAGGAAGACAUAGCAGUGUUGGCGACAGCAGAGAAACCUCUCCGACGGGGCCUCUCCCAUCGAAGUAACCCGAAUACUGUGGCCUCUGCUCCCCAAGGUGUGAGGUUCAGUUUAGGCCCUCUCAGCCCAGAGAAGCUGGAGGAGAUCCUUGAUGAAGCCAAUCGACUGGCAGCUCAGUUGGAGCAGUGCGCUCUGCAAGAACGGGAGAGUUCAGGUGAGGGCCCAGGGCCUCGACGAGGAAAGGCCAGCCCUCGCCGGGAGACCUUUGUGCUGAAGGACAGUCCUGUCCGAGAUCUACUGCCCACUGUGAGCUCUUUGGCUUGGAGCACACCCUCACCAAGCAGCCUGACGCCUCGACUCCGGAGCACCGAUAAGAAGGGGUCAGCCAGGGCUCUUAGGGCAACGUCUGGGAAGAGGCCCUCCACUGUGAAGAGGGAUUCGCCCACUUACAAUCUGUUCCCUGCAUCCAAAAGCCCAGCGCUAUCUCCUCUUGUACGAUCAACUCCUCCGCUCCAGUCAGCUCCAAUCCGAUCCACUCCUCCGCUCCGAUCUACUCCUCCGCUCCGAUCCACUCCUCCGCCCCGAUCCACUCCUCCGCCCCGAUCUACUCCUCCACUCCGAUCCACUCCUCCACUCCGAUCAACUCUAUCACGGGGAAAAACUGGGCCCCGUAUGAGGGCAUCAGCAAGCCCACCUACCCCAGUCAGACCAGUCCUGGCCCCUCAGCCUUCAACGAGCAACUCACAACGCCUAUCUAGGCCACAGGGAGCAGUUGCUAAGUGUUCCAGUCGACUGCCCGUUCCCUCAGCCAUCCCCAGGCCCUCCAGCCGAAUGCCACUCACCAACCGGAGUGUACCAGCUGGCAAAGGUGCCCUGCCUCCUGAUUCUCUGUCAACUCGGAAAGGGCUUCCAAGAUCAAGUGCUGCAGGACACAGAGCUCUUUCCCAGCAACCAAAUCUUCCUGUCAUUAGUGCCACUCGCAGCAGUCUGCAGCCUCCCAGGAAAGUUGCAGUCCCUGGGCCUACCAGGUAAAGAGAUCAGCACAAGCAGGAAUUCAGUAGCAAGCCACUACAGUCACUGCCUGGAUUCAGCUGUACCAGCAGGGCCCAACUCCAAAUUCCUGGCCUGGAACAGGAGAAAGAGAUGUCGUCAGGCCCAAUCCCCAGGAAUAGAGACCAUAGGAGUUGGGGUGGAUUCAGGUUGAGCUGGAGGAAACCCAAACUCUGAAGAUGAGAGGAAAAAGAGGUCACCUCCCAGCAGCGAGAUUAACAAACAAAAUGAGAAAUGCAGACCAAGUGGCUUAUUCUCUUCUGUCCCCACUCUUGCGGUCCACCCUGGAGAGCUUAAUCUUCUUCCCAGGCUUGGUUCACUGGACACAUUUACACGUGAAUGACCUCCGUAGCCAACCCUGCUCUCUGAAGAGAGAUCUUUCUGAAUCACAUCCUCCACUGGACAUGGGCCUGUUUGGAGAGGGAAAGCAGGCACCUGGUCACCAGAACUUUUUUCCUGUAAAUUCUGUGAUUCCUUACAGGCCAGUUGAUAACUCUGUCAGUCUGCAUUUUUGUAAAAUAAAGGGAAUGUAUUUUUUAUAUUUUCAGGA